GGGUGUGUUGCCCAAUUCUAUGCCAGUCAGUCAGUCAGUCAGUCAGUCAGUCUAAGUCUAUAGGUUUGCCUGUGUUAGAGCCACCAACCAGUUUUCGCUCCAAAUGGACAGUUCACUGCUCUGUGUGCUGCUAGCCACUGCUGUCCUACUCUGUAGCGCCGCCCCAGUGGACAGGCACGGUGAGUCAGACACUCACUGCCCGUUAAUGGUUAAGAUUUUGGAUGCGGUGAAGGGUGUACCAGCGGGCGCCGUGGCACUGAGUGUCUCCCGACGAGUCAAUGGAGUGACCUGGGCACAGGUUGCUAGUGGAGUGACAGACUUGACAGGGGAGGUCCAUAAUCUGAUCUCAGAUCAGGACUUCCAGUCGGGGGUGUACCGAGUUGAGUUUGACACUAAGGCCUACUGGAAGUCUCAGGGAACCACGCCUUUCCACGAGACUGCUGAAGUGGUGUUCGAGGCCCACGCGGAGGGACAUCGUCACUACACUCUGGCCCUGUUGCUGAGUCCCUUCUCCUACACUACCACGGCUGUCGUGAUGAAAGCACACGAGUGACAAACACACAACACAAAAUACACACCUGACUAAGCUUAACAAAUAAAGUGCAGGUAAACGAC